AUGUACCCUGAUCUAUACAAGGGGCUGAACCUGAGGCCGGAGGAUUUGACAGCUUAUGACUCCCCCUUUAUCAACUUCGAAGGGAAGACUGUUAUGCCAAAGGGGCAUAUCAGACUACCCAUACAAACUGGAUUGGAGGUGGUAGAGGUAAAUUUUAUCGUGGUCGAUGCUUACUCACCCUACACAGCGAUAGUAGCCAGGCCAUGGAUCCACGCUCUAGAAGCCGUAUCCUCCACACUUCACCAAAAGGUAAAAUACCUAUCCAGAGGUCAAGUAGAAGAAAUUCAUGGAGAUCAGGCCAUGACCAGGCAGUGUAUGGUGGCCGCCAUCUUACAUCGGUCUCAAGCCAAGUCCUCGGCCCCUGGGAACUUAUAG